AUGAACAAACGAAUCAGGGGACAAAAGGUCGUAAUCGAGAUGAAUCCUGAUUAUCGCAGAAUUUUUGGUGAAGUUGUUUUCAUCUAUCAAAAUUUGCGUGUUUUUUUGGUGAUCGAUUUCUUGAAAGUCGAGAUCAAUCAAUUUUUUCUCAAAAAUCGAUCCGAUCGAUCAAUUUUCGGAUCGGAUCAACUCUUGUCUCUCAUUCACCAUGAGCUGCCUGAGGUUUUAUCCAACAAUUUAAAUGGCUUCCGUUGUCGUUUGAUUUCAUUGAAUAAUCACAAUCAAUUACUUUGUACUUUCAACUAUCAGUGUUUAGUGAAAUGUCACCAAUCAAACCAGUCGACAGACAAUAAAGACAGAAAAUCAAUAACCCCAAAAGGUGAUGAUGAUGGAGAGACUAAGGUUUCAGUCUCGGUGGGCGAAAAAGUUGUUCAUGGAACUAAAUUAGUUUUCUAUUUGAGUUUCUUUGCCGGUGGAUUAGCGCUCAUUGGUGUCAUUGGUUAUACCGUUUUUAACGAGCUUUUCUCAUCAAGUUCACCUUCAAAUAUCCAAAGUAAAGCGUUUGACUUGAUCAAGGAAGACAAUCGAGUGAUUGAUAUUCUCGGCAAGGAAAUGAAAGCUUUUGGUUCAGCGACAUGGGGAAGACGAGGUCGCCAUCAACCCGCUUACCAAACAAGCCAAACCUCAGAGGGAACAAUUAAAAUGAAUAUGGUGUUCAAAUUGUCUGGACCUCGAGGUCGAGCUACAGCUUAUGUUGAGAUUGAUGAUUACGGAAAAGGUAAUUACAUCACUGGCAUUGUUGUUCAAUCGGAUUUAGGUGUCAGACAGAUCAUUAAGGUUUUGUAAUUCAAUUCGAUUCAAUUAGUUAUGUUGUAGAUUCGUUUUUCAUUGUUAUCAGAAAAAUCAUUUGUAUCAAUUUAAAUGAUAUUUUACAAAAA